AUGGUCGUCCUCACCAGGCAGAGGUGGUUCGGGGGUGACUUUUGCCUGAGCGUUGUGGGUGAGGUAAUCUGCGCGAGUCCGGUAGUACGCUACCUUGGAGGGUGGAUCGAUUCACGACUUACCUUCGGGGAGCACAUCAGAAGAGCAGCCGAUAAAGCCACUCGGGUCUCUGGGGCGCUUUCACGGUUAAUGCCAAACGUUGGGGACCCGUGGGAAGCCAAAAGACGGCUUCUUGCAUCGGUCUCCAACUCGAUCCUGCUGUGCGGCGCGGAGAUAUGGAUGGACGCACUCGCGAAGAAGGAUGUCCAAGAGCGCUUAACUUCGGUGCUGCGCAUCAGAUCCCUAUGA